UGCGCCUGGGAUUGAGAGCCUUCAGACGUUCAGUUAGAACAUUUUGACUUUGUUUGCCCCAUCGGAUUCGGAAUCUAUUAUCGUUUUUCUGUUGCAAUAUGUCACCUAUAUCACCUCACUGAAGCACCACAGUGAUAAUAUUUAAUGUCAUUUCCUUUUUCUUUUCUUCUUCGUAAUAAUUAAUCAAAUAAAAUAAAUAAUCGAGAAUCGGGCUUCAGUGAAGAGCGAAAAAAAGCGAUGAAGAAGGGCGAAAAUAAGGGCCGGACUCGGAGCUUCCCGGUGGACCCGAACGUGCCCCGAUGGGUUUGCCAGAACUGCCGCAACCCUCUCUGCAUCGUCGGCGCCGAUUCUUACGCCGACAAAUUCUUCAACGAUCCUUCUCGCUCCGGGAUGCAAGGGUCGUCCAUUCAUGGUGCCAGCAGUGUGCUGAGUACGACUAAAAUGGACAAUUCAUAUGUGGUGUUGCCCAAGCAGAGACCUCUGGCUCAGGGAAAUGCUCCUCGGCCACGCGGUGAUGCCGCUGCACAGCCUGGGAAGGCGAUGGAGGAGUCAUUUGUGGUUGUGUACAAGUCUGAAUCGGGGAUUGAUGGAAACGGGGCGCAUUUGUUGGGCACAGGGGCUGAUUCUGGUGGCCAUUUGCCGCCUCAUAACUCUGGGUUUAAUUCUACUAUUACUGUCCUGACUCGAGCAUUUGAGAUUGCCACGACACAGACGCAGGUUGAACAGCCUUUGUGCCUUGACUGCAUGAGGAUUUUGUCAGAUAAGCUUGAUAAAGAGGUUGAAGAUGUCAACAGGGACAUUGAAGCAUAUGAAGCCUGUCUUAAACGCUUGGAAGGGGAGGCUAGAGAUCUCCUCAGUGAGGCUGAUUUUCUUAAAGAGAAAUUGAAGAUUGAGGAAGAAGAACGAAGACUUGAAGCAGCAAUUGAAGAAACCGAGAGACAGAAUGCUGAAGUAAAUGCUGAACUGAGGGAACUAGAGUUAAAAUCAAGUCGCUUUAACGAAUUGGAGGAGCGGUAUUGGCAUGAGUUCAACAAUUUUCAGUUUCAAUUAAUUUCUCAUCAGGAGGAGAGAGAUGCAAUUUUGGCCAAGAUUGAAGUUUCACAAGCACAUUUAGAAUUAUUGAAGCGUACAAAUGUGCUCAAUGAUGCCUUCCCCAUUUCUCAUGAUGGAGAGUUUGGAACAAUUAACAAUUUUCGACUUGGAAGACUUCCUAAAAUUCCUGUUGAAUGGGAUGAGAUAAAUGCUGCCUGGGGCCAAGCUUGCCUCCUUCUUCACACUAUGUGCCAGUAUUUCCGACCAAAGUUUCAAUAUCGAAUAAAGAUAAUUCCUAUGGGUAGCUACCCUCGAAUCACAGACACCAAUAACAGUACUUACGAGCUGUUUGGUCCAGUCAACUUGUUCUGGAGUACUCGCUAUGACAAAGCAAUGACAUUGUUUUUAGCAUGCCUCAAGGAUUUUGCAGACUUUGCCAAAUCCAAGGAUCAAGAGAAUAACAUACCACCUGAGAAAUGUUUCAAACUGCCUUACAAGAUUGAGAAUGACAAGGUGGAAAACUAUUCCAUCACCCAAAGCUUCAAUAAGCAGGAAAAUUGGACUAAAUCUCUCAAGUACACUCUUUGCAAUUUGAAAUGGGCUCUCUAUUGGUUUGUUGGAAAUACUAACUUCCAGCCUCUUUCAGCAAUGGUAUCUUCGCAUGCUGAAGUGCCGGCGGUUGGGCCUCUGUACACGAAGCGUGGUGUUGAUGCCAAAUCUGAAUCUCGAAACUGAACCUACUAAACAUAUGCUAGGUUAGGCUACAUAGUUAGGUCUCAUACAAAUGUGUACAUAGAACUACAAUAAAAAAUUGUUGCUUGAUCAAAAUGAAAAGGAUGUGUUUGGAGUUUGGCAUGAUGGGAGAUAUCUUUUCUACCGGAGAGUGCUUGCACAUUUGCAUGUUGUUCAUGAAAAGCAGCAUGUCAAAAGGGCCUCUCUCUCUCUCUCUCUCUCUCUCUCAAUUUUAAAGAUAAAAAGGGUGUUGAUUUGUACCAAUAAUUGGAUUAUUUAAAUUUAGAGCAUUCUCUUAAUAAGAAAUCACAAUUUGAUGUCA